GAGGAAAGCGACGCCGUUUCUCUAACCUCCGGCGGAGAAGAGAAGAAAGAUGAAGAAAGCAGAGUACUUCAGCAAGGACUUUGAGUGGGACGAGCUGAGAGUUGAGGUGGAAAACGACCCGUCGUUGAGCUACCACUUGGUCCCAUUCGAGCCCUCUCUUUCAGUUGCAGAAGAAGAAGAAGCUGAAUCUCAGCCGUGGAAUGACUUUCAUCACCGCCAUGCAUCUGGGAAGUUCUUCAAGGAAAGGCGAUAUUUGUUGCAAGAAUUCCCUGAACUAGUUGGGUGUGAGGAGAAUUCUAAGGUUUUGGAGGUGGGGUGUGGUAAUGGCAGCACUGUUCUUCCAAUAUUGAGGGGCAAUGAGAAAGUCACUGUUUACGCAUGUGAUUGUAGCACUGAGGCCCUUGAGAGAGUUAAGGAGACAAUAUAUGCUUCCAACAUUGUUUCUAUUGAGCAUCGCUUCCAUACAUUUUGUUGUGAUUUUUCUACCUCUGGGUUUCCAUCAUGGUUGGCCUGCAAUCCUUGUCAAGCAAAUUUUGAACAAACUUCAGAUGGUAGAGGGAAAAACGAAAGCUAUCUUACUGAUUCAAGUUCAUUGAAAGAAAGCAGAUGUUGCAUUGGUGGGGUUGAUUUUGUUACCUUGAUAUUCACAUUGUCGGCAUUAUCACUUCAAAGGAUGCCAAAGUCCAUCAAUGAGUGUUUUUCUGUUAUGAAACCAGGAGGCCUGCUUCUAUUUAGAGAUUAUGGCCUUUAUGACAUGAGCAUGCUUCGGUUUGAGAUGGACAAAAAAGUGGGAUUCAGGGAGUAUAUGCGGUCAGAUGGCACCCGUUCUUAUUUCUUCUCUUUGGGUACUGUAAAGGAUCUAUUUUUGGGAGCAGGCUUUAUUGAGCUUGAGCUUGAAUACUGCUGUGUCAAGUCGGUGAAUCGUCGAAAUGGGAAGAGCAUGCGAAGGGUGUGGGUUCACGGAAAGUUCCAAAAGCCUAUAUGAACUAUGAAGUCUAUUGCUGAGAUGCCUCUUGAAGAAUCCUGCAUACUCCUACUGUUACAGUGAAGUUUCUUGUAGAUAGCAAUUUCAUGGAUCUGCAUUAUGGUAAAGGCGCACAGACUUGGUUCUGGGUUGAAUAUCUGAGCAAAAGCUAUUAGAUCAAAGGCUGGAAUUGAAUGGAAAUGAUCAGAAUUUUUUGCCUAGUGAAAUCAUUGUGAGUCAUCUCACUGGAUAAUGUGCCCAUACAAUGAACUGUAACAAUGCACCAAGGUUUUAGGCUUUGAUUUUCAAGGGACGGUUUUCGGGACCUAAUAAGUAAUAACUCGAUGAGUAGAAUCUGAUAUGAAAGAUUGAAACAUAAUUGUACAUCGUCGAUGAUGCUAUAGAUUUUAUCAUCUCAUCUGC